CACAAACCUGUUUACAUGAUCUAUAUAAUAAUAAGAUCUGCAGGACCCGGAUGUACAGUACACCGCCCCCCCGCCCGCCUGUCAGCGAGCCUCCUCCUCCGCGCGCUGUCCCCUCCCAGCGGGCUUCCCUCCCUGAGCCACUGCGGUGAAAGCCUCGCGCAGCAGAGCGACGGACGGAGCGAAGCCAGAAGCUGCGUGGAAAGCGAGGACGAGGCUCCGCGAAGCAGCCACCGCCGGGGUUCUUUGUUUCAGCCUACCUGCACCGCCUCCUCCUCCAACGCGCCUUUCCGCUCCGCGUCGCCUGGAUUUCAUCGUCCGACCUGCACGAUGGGAAAUGAAGCCAGCUACCCCCUGGAAAUGUGCUCACAUUUCGAUGCUGACGAGAUUAAGAGGCUAGGGAAGAGGUUUAAGAAACUCGACCUAGAUAACUCGGGCUCUCUCAGCGUGGAGGAGUUCAUGUCUCUGCCAGAGCUGCAACAGAACCCGCUGGUGCAGAGGGUUAUCGAUAUAUUUGACACGGACGGGAACGGAGAGGUGGACUUUAAAGAGUUCAUCGAGGGAGUGUCACAGUUCAGCGUCAAGGGGGACAAGGAGCAGAAACUUCGAUUCGCUUUCAGAAUCUACGACAUGGACAAGGAUGGCUACAUCUCCAAUGGCGAGCUCUUCCAGGUGCUAAAGAUGAUGGUAGGCAACAACCUGAAGGACACGCAGCUCCAGCAGAUUGUGGACAAGACCAUUAUUAACGCAGACAAGGAUGGAGACGGCAGGAUAUCUUUUGAAGAGUUCUGUGCUGUCGUCGGUGGUCUUGAUAUACACAAAAAGAUGGUGGUGGACGUGUGAGCGCUCCUCUGCUCACUGAACCCCCCCUUCCUCCUCGACACUCGCUUUCUCCACCAUCUCUGAAGAUCUGCUCAAGAUGUCCAGCGAAACGCUCUCUGUAACUCAAUGGAAGUAUUCUCUCUCUGUCUCUCACUCUCUGUGAAGCCACUCUUUGUUUUUCAGAAACCACAGGCCUCGCAAAGCCAACUUUGAAGUGUUACUGAACUGUCACGCCUCUCAUUAACCUGGUCGUAGCACUUUAAGAGAGUGAAGGACAUCUGCUGUCAACUGCAAGAGCAUCUCUAAUGUUGGAUGAGGGGAAGACGGUGGCAGUGGAGAGGCUGGUUGGCUUGUUCAUAUUUCAUCCUCUUUUUUUUUUUGUUAAUUGUUACUUUUGAUAUUUAUUUUUUGUUCUUGUCUUUUUAUAAAGAAGAAAAAAACAAGUAUAUCUACAGUUGUCUCGUGAGGGGAGGUGUAUAGCAUAUUAACACUUGACAACUAGAAGGUAGGGUAUGAAGUGCCAACCAGAACAUAUCCAGAAACCAGUCCAAGUUAUUACCCACCACCACCACCGUCGCUCGAGCCGGACAUUUCUAACUACAAUCUGUAUUAGAUGCUAAAUUUCAGAUUUUUUUUGACAAUUUUUUCCUCAGUUUUACCUUAAACAUAAGCAGUUGCAAUUAGUCCAGUCAGGCUUCCAGUCAUUUGGCAAAGCUUAUUUUUUUUUUUGUAUUGUUAGUUUUAUUUAUACUUAAGAAUGUGUUUAUAUUGUUGGAGAUUAUCGUUGUUUCCUGUCAAGAAACUAUAAGUAAAUAUAUUAAUGCCAAGAAAAUGUCUUUCCAAAAAUAAUUUGUGGCUGCAAACUGAUAUGGUUUACUCACAUUUAGCAGUGUGCAGCCAUGAGACAAUCUCCAACUCUCACUUGGACAAAUGGCGUGAACCUUAUUUAAUGUUGGGAACAGAGGCUGGAGCAACUUGCUUAAGAACUAAGUAAUGGAUUUGAAGCUUACGGUGAGAUUAUACGCAGUUUGUGCGAGUAUAUAGCAAUUUAAGAGACUUAUCUGCAGGCAGCGUUUUUUAACCAAUAUGUGUAUAUUAGUUAAUCAAUGUGUGCUGAACUUCAUUAACAGUGAAAGGAGAAGGCUUGGCCUCUGCUUCACAGGAGCCCUUCUGAGUGCUUGUUUCUCAGUCUCAACCCAGGAUGGGUCAGUUUUCUCUAAUGCAACACUUCAGAUCUUAACACAUUGGCAUGAUCAGUGUGCAGUGGAAUAGAAUUUAUACUGUCAGGUGGGUUUUUAAUUUUGCUUUAAUGAGGGGUGGGGGGAGGUUUCAACUUUUUACUGUCACAGUCACCCACCAGUACCAACAGGGAGAAAGAGAUCAAUUCAACCAAACGUAACACGGCAGCGUGGGAGCGUUCGCAGCCCAGCAGCUGCCUCCAACAGAGUCCUCAGUCAGACGUGACUCUGGGGCUCUGUCGUCUUCUAUCCCGAAGCUCUGCACGGCUUGGGCCUCCCUGUGCUCGCAUGACAUGGAAAUAUACUUUAUUUUGGUUGCGCAUGUAGAUUUUCAUUUUAUUUUUUCAAAUAAUCCUCUUGUUUACACAUGGAUGGUGAUGUUAAUAUAUUUAAGAAUUUAACGGUAUACAAUAUGGAUGUUGCCAAACUUUGGUACAUGUACAUGAGGUAACCAAAUGAUCGGAACUACAUGUCACUUUUUGUAUUUUACCUGGGUCAGCGAAAUGCUUCUAUUCCAGUAAAAGUUGCAUAUCUGAUCCCGUCUCAAACUGCCACACACUGUACUCAGCUUAAAGGGGAAAAUUGGAUGUUUUCUUUUCUUUUGUAUAUAAGUAUUUGUUAAAUGCAGUUCUGGCUCUCUGUUCUCUGUAUAGUUCAGACCGCGCUUUAGUUGGUAAGUGCUACUUCUCUGAGGGACUCGGGUUCUUUUUAGUUUUGGGGGAUUUCUGAAAAGAGAAACUUUUCCUUUACUGCAUGCUGCAUCUAAUGCUGUGGGACUGUUGGAAACUUGAUACUGUAUGAAAUUAAAUAAAAUUUAAACUUUGAAAUGUAAAA